UAAAUUUGUUUGAACCUUGGAAGAUAGUUACUCCCAAAGAUUAUGAUGCUAAAGGAACGAUUUUUAUAAAGAUUGACCAAGAUUUGAGGUUAUUUUCAGUGAAAUUGUGAGAAUACUUAUACAAGGAGAUGGACUUGGACAGUACCUGAUAUGAUCCUCAGAUCCUGUUUGAGGAGAUACCUAGCUAAUAGUGACUGAGGAGAAGAUUGAGAUUUCUCCUAUUUCUCAAAUUCCAGCAGAUUCUUUAUGUAUAUAUCGUCUCAAGAUGAACACUUCAUCAGAGCUAGAUGGUAUGAAAUUAGAGAUUUCAUCAGCUACAAAUUCAAGACUGUUCUUAUUUACUAAAACAGUUAGCUCUAAUUAUAAAGGAGAGCUUCGUGAGUCUGGAAAAUCUUGUUUUUCAAAGAGAUAUUUUAAAUAUCAAAAAUAUGAAAGAGAUAUCAACUUAUUGGUGCUUCCACAAGAUGGCCAGCAAGCUAGCUUUCCAUUGACCGCUAAAAUUAUCUCAGAGAGUAAAAAUAAGCCAACCUCAAAGUGGCUUACCAUAGCUUUACCCAUACUUGGAGUGUUUGCAUUUAUCUCAAUAUGUGGUGGCUUCUGUAUUUAUGCAAAGAGAAAGCAAGCUCAACAGGAAGCCAUAGCUGAAGGAAGAGACAAUAUCCAAUCCUCAAAAGCAAGUUUUCCUUCCUUUCCCACACAACUUCCUCUCCAAUGAUAUGACUCUCUUGCCAAAACCCUAAAUCCCAGAGCUGAGGAUAACAACAGAACUACCAUAUCAGAAGACUACAUCUACUCACAGUUAUUAUCCAAGCCUAAACUUCAUUAA